AUGCUACUGGAUACUGAUGUGACUCACCAGGCAAAGUGCGGACAAAAUGCUACUGGUGACGCAUCAACUGGUCAGCGUGUACAGCUUGAGAUUGAAACCUGGAACGUGAUUCCAUUACACAAAAAAGGAUCAACGAGAAUAUGUGGGAAUGACCGCACGGUGGUUCUGAUAUCUCAUGCUAGCAAGAUAAUACUGUAUAUACUCAAUAGUACAUUGCAAUCCUAUCUACAGUGGCAAAUACCCAGUGAACAGGCGGGAUUUGUUAAAGGACGGGGCACAAGAGAACAGAUCGUGAAUGUGAGGCAAAUAAUUGAGAAAAACCGGGAGUUCAAUACAUCUGUGUUCAUGUGCUUCAUUGACUACUCUAAAGCAUUUGACUGCGUAAGAUGA